AUGAGUGCCAUAUACUUUCAGAUAUAUAUUCUGACAAUUGCGAUUAGCCUUAACUUCGUCACAACCAAAGUGUUGGAAAAGCAAGCGGCUCGUGGUAUCAGCAACUCAGCACUGCAACCACUAGAUAGCACGUCCUUUGAUUACGAUUAUUUUUCGCCUCAGGCACGGCAAAGUCAAGCACCAACUCAGCGACCAUUCAUAAACUAUUGGAAUAACCUGGUGCAAAAUAUACGUCUCCCAGUACCUUAUAUCAGGUGGAAUAUGACUAACCCGCUGGUGAAUCUAUUCAACGCCGGUGCAACCAAUGUUAUCGACACGCCAGUGGGAAACUAUAACAAGAGAAACACAAAACGCAAGCGCAACAAAAAAACAAGAACCCAACAAGAUAUGCUUACAAAACGAACCAAAAAACCCAAAUACACAAAUUCAGCUUAUGAGGGAGAAGAUGAACAGAUGUAUCAGACUACUAGUUAUAAUGAUUACGAAGUACCAUACAAAACCCUCUAUUUUUAUGAUGCGCGCACUGGUCAAUAUUAUAAAAUGCAAAAUUUGCAUACUAAUAACUACUUAAGUGCUUACAAUCCCGCUGUACAGCAACCGAACGAAUUUGAAGAGGAAGUAGGUACUGCAGAACAACCAGUUCGGCACGAGGUAGCUGCACAAAUUGAGCCGCCAACUGCAGAAGCAUCUGUCGAAAGCAAUAACUCUGAUGAUCAAGCAAUGCACGAAAAUAUCGAAGAAGAAACUCUUCCUGACUCACAAGAAGCAAAAGAAUCUGAAGAAGUUGAGAUAAUACCACCAGAUAUGGAAAUUAGCGAUGAGUCAGAAGAGAAGCCUACUCUAGGAAGACAGUCAGAUCUUAUUAAGCAGACUAAACAGCAUAAAGUAAAAAAUAUUGAAAAGCUGCAUAACUCACUUGCCGCUUACAUGAAAGACGAUCACUUCAAUCGGAUGCGUCAGCGGGCAAACACAAAACAAAGUUCAGGAGCUAAGCAAAACAAAGAAAAAUCACUGCCUAGGAAGAAGUUCGCAUAUUACAUAUUACAACCAUUUUAA